AGUGACGGUACGCUGCUAGCCACAGGCUCGUACGACGGCUUUGCCAGAAUAUGGACUAAAGACGGUAAGCCAUUUUAAAGAUGCACUACGGGCAUUGCCAAUUGUUUACAUAUAAGUUUUGCUUGAAUAGUUUUAGGCAAACAAUAUAAGCUUUUGCUCAAGGGCGAUGGGAGGAGUGCCCCUUUCUGUCCAAUGAGGAGAUUUCUGGACACUUUCUGUCCAUUUAGGGGACCCCUUUUGGCUCGAGCAACAUCUCAAGAUUUCUAAACACAGAAUCACAGAUGGCCCAUAGUCCUGUUCUCUCACUAAAAAAGCACAAUGAUGUGUUUUUUUGCAGGUAACCUUGCCAGUACUUUGGGCCAGCACAAAGGUCCUAUAUUUGCCCUCAAAUGGAAUAAGAAAGGGAACUUCAUCCUCAGUGCAGGAGUAGAUAAGGUAACAUAAUGGCUUUUGUGAUAAAGACAGACAAUUGGGUUUAAAAUCCCUUUAAAUUAAUUUGAUUUGUCAUGGUGUGCUGUCAUUCUGUCAUUGGUCACUCGUGAUGAAACUGACAAUGUAUCCAUCUCCCGUUCAGACCACCAUCAUUUGGGACGCUCACACAGGAGAGGCUAAACAGCAGUUUCCCUUCCACUCAGCGCCUGCCCUGGACGUGGACUGGCAGAGCAACAACACGUUUGCCUCCUGCAGCACGGACAUGUGCAUCCACGUAUGUAAGCUGGGCCAGGACCGGCCUGUCAAGACCUUCCAGGGACACACGGUAAGACCAGGGACUGACUGUCUGGCAUGGAUGCAUCUCAAUAGUCUCCGCUCCGUCACGUUGACAUUGUGACUGACAUUGAUUCAUCUCAAUAGUCUAAAGUCCUCGUCUUCAAAUGCACUGACCUGAAUAUAAAGGAUAGCUGAAGGCUUUUGCCUAUCCUGUUCAUCACAUCACUGCAGGAAGUACCUUUGUACAGUUGAUGCACUCUUUUUGUGCACUGCUGUAUUAUAAAGGUCACAGUGUUUCCUUGUAUCCCUCCCCAUCACCCUUUCUCAAUAGAAUGAGGUGAACGCAAUCAAGUGGGAUCCCACGGGGAGUCUGCUGGCCUCCUGCUCUGACGACAUGACACUCAAGGUCAGUACACACACACAGCUCAGAACAAGCUUCCUGACAUCUUCCUGAAUAAAAGUGACCUCUAGCUACUGUACUGGCAAAUAUGGAUUUAGUGGAGUAAGAACAGAUUCAAAGAAGUGUUACCGGGGGACAGUUGGCCCUAGUUUAUAGGCCGUAACUAGAACCUCUUCUUCCCAAGUCGGUCCCAUCGUGCUACAUAUAAUUGAUUAGAGUCCUCAUAUCUGUCUCUCUCCUCUCCCCUCUGUCUCUCUCUCCCUGCUCUCUGUCUCUCUCUAUCUCUCCGCAGGAAAAAAAAGAGAGAAGCAAAAAAAAGAAGAGAGAGGUCUCUCCUCUCUCUCUCUCUUCCUCUUUUCUCUCUCCCCCUCCUCUCUUCUCUGUCUCUCCCCCCUCUCUCUCCUCUCUCUGUAUGUCUCUCCUCUCUCUGUCUCUCUCUCCUCUCUCUGCCUCCUCUCUCUCCGUCUCUCUGUCUGUCUCUCCUCUCUCUCUCUCUCUCUGUCUCCUCUCUCUGUCUCUCUCCUCUCUGUCUCUCUCUGUCUCUCUCUCCUCUCUCUCCUCUCCUCUCCCCUCUCUCUGUCUCUCUCCUCUCUCUCCUCCCUCUCUCCCCCUCUCUCUCUCCCCUCUGUCUCUCUCCUCUCCCCUCUGUCUCUCUCCUCUCUCUCCUCUCUGUCUCUCUCCUCUUCCUCUGUCUCUAUCAGAUCUGGAGUAUGAAGCAGGACACGUGUGUCCACGACCUGCAGGCUCACAGUAAGGAGAUCUACACCAUCAAGUGGAGCCCUACGGGGCCCGGGACCAACAACCCCAACGCCAACCUGAUGCUGGCCAGGUAAUAGAAGACUGGGAAACACUCCAACUCACAGCAUUCCUCUGGGAAACACUCCAACUCCCAGUAUGUCUCUGGGGUUUUUCUCAUAAGAAGUUAUGUAUCAUAAAAACCAUUUAGGAUCUGUACAUAACUUAGUAUGGAGUCAUGUGUUCAUCUCUGUGACAUUCUGUUUGCCCCAGCUGAAGAAAUAAAGAUCUCAGGAUAGUCACUGUAAUCAAAUAUAAGUGAAUGGAUCUUAUGUCCUUCCUUCCUCUUCCUAAAUAUCUCCAGGGGCGCUGCACCGUGCUCCCUUCCAAAUGGGUGGUGUCUGGGAGGUUAGGAGCAGAAGAUGAAUUUCCAAGAUGGAUACUAAUGUACUGUUUCUCUUCUCCCCAGCGCGUCGUUUGACUCGACGGUGCGUCUGUGGGACGUGGAGCGAGGCGUGUGUAUCCACACACUUACCCGCCACCAGGAGCCCGUCUACAGUGUGGCCUUCAGCCCCGACGGGCGCCAUCUGGCCAGCGGCUCCUUCGACAAGUGUGUCCACAUCUGGAACACACAGGUACAGGAUCGACUGACACAGACACUCGCUCAUCUCACUCUUACGUCAUUCACAUAUCAAGCCCAACUGUUUCUUGUAGGGCUAGUCUGGUGGUCGAUGAUCUGGAUCUGCGUGCGUGACUCUGACUUUCACGUAUAUAAUGCAUUGAUUUCAAUGGGUGCAUUGUGUGAAAAUUUGAGUUACACAUGUAAAUCUAAAUUUGAGUUAGGCUACAUAUGUCAAUCUAAAUUUGAGUUACACAUGUAAAUCUGGAGCUCAGCCCUUAGUGAGAUGUGUAAUAAUGUAAACGUAAUUGAAAUUGAGUUGCCCCCAAAUCCAUUUUUCCUGGUCAUUGUUUGGCUGAUCACAUCCCUGGCCCUCUGUCUGUCCCUCUGUCCAGACGGGUGUGUUAGUCCACAGCUAUAGGGGAACGGGGGGCAUCUUCGAGGUGUGCUGGAACGCCACGGGGGACAAGGUGGGAGCCAGCGCGUCAGACGGUUCGGUAAGUCUCACUAGCUGCCUCUUCAUGGACACGGCCAGGAAUUAUUUCCCUGGUGUCAGGAGGAGCUAA